AUGGACAGAAGGUGGAAUUCAUCGAGAAAGCUACAUACAAAAGAAGACCCUUCAAAUAUAAUAGAAGAAAGAAUUGUCAUGAAGUCUAAAGGGGAAACUAUAAUCAGGAAAUACCUCAAAGGCAAGCAGAUCGGUAAAGGCGGGUUUGCCAAAUGCUAUGAGUUCACAAGUCUUGAGAAUAAAUAAGCUCUAUGCAGCCAAAGUUAUACAUAAGAGUAAUUUGACUAGGACUAGAGCUAAACAGAAGUUGAUGAGUGAAAUCAAGAUCCAUCGGUCACUCGAUCAUCAAUAUAUAGUAGGCUUCGAACACUUCUUUGAAGAUUCAGAUAGCGUCUUCAUUACAUUAGAAUUAUGCACGAAUCAAACUAUGAAUGAGCUUUUGAAAAGGAGAAAGAGGCUUCAUGAGAUAGAGGUGCAGUGCUGGACCAUGCAAAUAAUUUCAGCUCUAAAGUAUCUCCAUUCCCAUAGAGUUAUCCACAGGGAUAUAAAGCUAGGUAAUCUAUUUAUCAGCUCAAAAAUGGAAAUCAAGGUUGGAGACUUUGGAUUAGCAACUAAGCUUGAUUUUGAUGGCGAAAAGAAGAGAACCAUUUGUGGAACACCAAAUUAUAUCGCCCCUGAGGUUAUAGAAGGCAAGUCUGGGCAUUCUUAUGAGGUUGAUAUCUGGUCAUUGGGAGUUGUGGUAUAUACUCUUUUGAUCGGAAAACCUCCUUUCGAAACUUCAAAUGUGAAGAAGACUUAUUCAAGAAUUAAGAAUAACACCUAUAGCUUUCCUGAUCAUGUCCAAAUUUCUAAAGCUGCUAAAGAUUUGAUUAAAAGGAUAUUGAUUAAAGAUCCUAAGAAGAGGCCAUCUAUUGAUGAUAUUUUGAACCAUGAUUUCUUGAACCCAGGAUACUCAAUUCCAACAACUCUUCCUUCAUCUCUGUUGGUUUGACCUCCAAGCAGUUCAUACUUAAAACAGUACAAUAUUGCUUCAAGUACGGCUAGGACUUCAGCUCAUGGUUUUGCAGGAAGUGAUAAGCAUGAAGGCUUUGAACACUAUUUGAAUAAGUUCAAAAAUAAGAAAGAAGUUCCAAUGACUGCUAAAGCCUCUAGCCCAAAAGGACUAAAUAAGCUAACUGAUAGGAACCAGAAUUUAAACUCGAAUAACGGAGCAAAUCUCAUUAACAAAGCUAAAAGUGCAACUAGCACCUCAAAACCACCUGAAGUGUGGGUGAAGAAGUGGGUAGAUUACUCUACAAAAUAUGGACUAGGCUACAUGCUUUCUAAUAAUGCUUUUGGAGUCUUUUUCAACGAUUCCACAAAGAUCAUUCUUGAACCUAAAGGAGUAAACUUUGACUAUAUUGAAAGAAAAGUCUCCGAUAAGCAAGAAGUGAUCCAUACACAUACUAUGAGUGAUUAUCCGGAAGAAUUUAGCAAAAAGGUUACUCUAUUGCAGCAUUUUAAGAAUUAUUUGGAAACAGAGUCUAAGAAUAAUACUCCCAAUGAUUCAAUUGAGAAAGAGCAAAAUGAUGCUGAGAAUUCAAAAGAGAAUGAGAGAAAUAUCUCAGAUAUAGUCUAUGUCAAAUAAAUGGGUCCGCACUAAGCAUGCUGUCAUGUUCAGACUAAGCAACAAGAUAGUGCAGGUAAACUUCCAAGAUCACACAGAAAUAAUCCUGAGCUCAGAAACUAGGAUGGUUACUUAUGUUAAUAAGAAGGGUGAGAGGAAUUCAUACCAUCUCAGUCAAGCUGUUGAUUGAGGUAAUUUUGAAAUGUCAAAGAGAUUGAAAUACACAAAAGAUAUACUAACUCAUAUGCUCACUAAUAACGGAACUUCAGAAUCCCCAACUAAAGUAUUCAAACCAAGUAGUAAGAAAACCAUGCAAAGGUUUGCUUCUUCCACUGGAUUCCAGAGGGUCAACACUGGGGAAGGCAACAUUGCCAAAUUUUCAUCAAGCCAAAAGUUCAGGACUCUGAGCAGAGGUCCUGUGUCCCAGAAAAAGUUAUUCAAGACAAAUUAUUUCGGUAGAUAA